CCCAAAACAAAAGCUGCCCCACUCAGGGGUAACAUGAUAUCAGUUUUCACAGCCACUGCAUUAGGUGCAUCCAUCAAAACUAGCUCCCAGUCCGCCCAUCAGGCAGACGGAUCAUCCCCACUCAUUGUCAUAGGCGAAACCUCUAUUGUGUUUACUAGGGACGGCAAGGAAUUUAAAUUUGAAGGUCUUGUCGAGAAACUCGAUGUGGACGUACUCGCGGGCACCCCAUUUAUGGAGUUGAAUGACAUAGCCAUUCGUCCAGCUAGGAGACAAAUAAUUCUGGGCGACGGAACUACCUAUGUAUAUGGGUCUCGUCCUAUACAUCCUAGUCCUCCUAGCGUGCGCCGCGCAUGCGUUCUGCGAGCUCCAGAGGGAGAAACUACUAUUUGGCCUGGCGACUUUAUUGAGUUAGAUUUACCACCUGACUUCUCCCAGAAUGAUAAUGUUUUUGCUCUUGAGCCUCGUGACACUUCUGCACUUGUAAGAUCCUGGCCCCCGUACGACGUUAUUUCUAGUGUAGCUGGUAGAGUCCGUAUCCCCAAUGCCUCUGGCACCCUCGCGCGAAUGCAUUAUUGUUCCCAGAGCUGUGGUCGAUGGAUUACUCACCGCACUUCAUGUCCGCCUUGA